AUGAGUGACCCAAAUAAUUGUUCAUCAUCACCGAUCCGUGCACAUUUUUCUGAUAUAACAAAUAAAAAGAAUACUAUCGAAGACGAUUGUCGAUGGAAAUUACCAAGUGCUGCACCAAUAAUAACGAUUGAAAACGAUGAAAAUGAAAACGAAGCAUGGAAUGAAUAUCGACAUAUAUUUGAAACAAGCAAUUCACAAAUGUUAAAUCCAUCAUCAAUGGAUAAUUAUUUUCUUCGGCAUAGUAGUGCUAAUACAAGUUUAAAUGAAUCCACAUCAUUUGAACCAUUAAUGGAUAAUAACGAUGAUAUUUUUUCCAUUAUUGAACAAGCUGGUAUUACAUUCGAUGCAUUAACAGGGUCAUCGUCAUCAGCAGAUUUACUUGCGAGUACAAGUGGUUAUCAUUCAUAUGAACCGUCACCAUUUAAUCAUCGUUUAAAACGCUCAUCAGUACUCGAUCCAUCGGCAGCAGAAUUUCAUUUAGAGUCCGAAUCAUCUUUAACAUCCAAUUAUCAUCAGUCAACAAAACGAUCAUCAUGCCAUAGUGAUCUUCAAAACCGUCGAACUUCACGAUCACAAAAUCCGACUACACAACGUAUACCUACUUCAUAUGAAUACAAAUUUGGUGGUUAUGGCCGUGGAAUCAAUGAAUUUCUUGAACCAAAUGGUAUUACUUUUCUAUCCGAUGGUACUAUUGGAGUUGUGGAUACAAAUUCAAGUCAAGUGAAAUUAUUCGAUCCUGUCCGUAGAGAAUGCAUACUCAAGUUUGGUCAAGCAGGCACAAGACCAGGUGCAUUACUUUAUCCGUAUCGCGUUGCUGUUUUACCAGGACGUGACCUACUUGUUAUGGUUCAACGAUCUCCACGACCAAUGAUACAAAUAUUUGAUCGUAACGGUCAGUUCAUUAGUCGCUUUGGCAAUGAUCUCGAAAGUCCACGUGCCAUUUGUAUUGAUCAACAAGGACGUAUUAUUGUUAUUGAAUCAAAAAUUAUGAAAGUUCAUAUUUAUGAUGCAACAUCCGGUCGUAUUUGGGGUCAAUUUGAUUUACGCGAUCAUUUAAGUUUUCCGACAAGUGUCUGUGUCAAUGAUCGACAUGAACUUUAUGUUAGCGAUAACGAGUCACAUUUCGUACGUGUAUUUGAUUAUAAUGGACAACAUUUGAAGAAUAUUGGUGCUGGUAUUUCUUAUCCGAUAGCGUGUCGUAUUAAUCAACCACGACGCGAACUUAUUGUUGUUGAUAAUCAUGAAAAUUUUAAUGUUACGACAUAUGAUUAUGAUGGAAAUAAAAAAUAUUCACAUUAUUCAUUAAUGAAACAUUCACAAUGUUUCGAUGUUGCUGUUGGAUAUAAUGAUGAAUUAGCAAUGGCAUCUAAAGACUAUAAAAUUUAUGUUUAUAAAUUAGGUGAAGGUCUUGAAACAGCAGCACCAAGCAGUGAUAUAAAUCAGAAUUAUUGUUAA